AUGUCGCUCUCCGUGUCGGAACCGCUUGAGCUGCAGGGGCAGCGGGACACGGUGGUGGGGAUGCGCCGCGAGUGGAACUUCUCCCUUACCUUUGUUCACCAGGCAGCGCGGGUAGUCAUGCAGCUCUCACCACAGUGGGAGACCACAUUUAUUGACCCACGCGAUUUUAAGCAGCUCAAUCGGCUUGACCGUGACGUGAAGCACUGCCCCAUGAUGCCAGCGCUGCAGUACACCGAUCUCAGUGCCGUCAUGACGCCGAACAACGAGCUCUGGAGGGAGAUCCCAAAGCGGGUAUCCAUCAUGUACUCUCACAUUCCCCCAGAUAUGACAUUGGCGGCGUACUGCAUCCGGAGCGUGCAGCACGUGCUGUCCGACCCCCGCGUCGUCUCCGUUGACGGCUCCACUGACCUGCUACAUCUGCGCGUGGGUGACAAACUUCGUUGCCCGUAUCGGCUUGGUGGCCAACGCAGUUUCCAAUUCCGCUACCACGUCUCCGUAAAGUCGCAGCUGAUAAAGGAUAUGGUGUACGCGAUUGGCACGAUCAUCAACCAGCGUGGCUACCUUUGCACCGUGCAGUGCUCAGAGGAGGAGCUGGAGGGGUACGUGGCGAAGAACUUCCUGCCGCAGUACACCAGCCCGGACAAGUUUGCCGUAGACCAGGACGUGGAGUACGAGGAGAUGUCAUCAACGGUGCUGAAGGAGCAGCAGGAGCUCUUCGGGGAGCUGCGCUACUUUGAUGCCGAUGCCUCCGUGGCCUUCUCCAUCCCCAUGCACCCCAUGCGGAUACGCCCAGAUUUUUCUCCAACGCAGACGGUUGGCGUGGGCUCCGUCGCCUGCAUGACUCUGGAGCUCGACGUGCACCAGAAACUCAUCGACGACUUUGCGGAGGCGGAGAUCACGGGGAUGCCAAAGUACAAGAAUAACCAGGUGAUCCUCUUCCUUGAUGUGGAGGAUGUCGCCCGCAUGGGGUACCCACGCAUCAUGUCAACAGAACAGUACAGCCACCUCAAGACUAAGCGGCUGCUGGACAUUUUCGCUGACGCCAGGCUCGUGGGGGCGCCCGUCACGAAUCACAUGGGAAUUCGUACAGGCCGUAGCCGAACAGUGACAUUCACCUACGAGCCGUUGAACGCCGUCGUGAAGGUCAUGACUGUCUCCACUAUUGUGGGCAGCCUCGGAGUCUCGGCCGUCUUUCUGACGAAGCUAGGCGGCGGCCUCUUCGACGCUCACCUCUACUUGUACCAGCAGUUUCUUGAGGGCAUCAAGUUCUGCGAGCGCACUGCCGCGAAGACGCUCUUUAGCCGCUUCCGCACUGUGAACGUCCGCCUGCUGGAGCAGAGCCUGCCAUGCGCGUACUCCGACGCCUCGGCAGAGGAGCGGCAGGCGAUGGAGCAGCACCUCAAGUUUCUGCGUGAGUCAAACGACGGCCGGGUCGAGGGGGGCGUCGUGAUUCAGGUGCCACCGGAGGAGGGCGGGUUGGAGAAACGUCACCGCCAGCACAAACGCAGUGUCUCUCCGCACUUCCGCAGGCGGUUAGUGUCUAUGCACUCAACCGUGAACGACAGUGUGAGUGGGCAUCACUCGGCGGGAUCAAACAGCAGUCAGAUGGUGGUCUUUCGUAGCAGCGAGAGCUGUGGUGAGCUCAAGUUCAGUGACGCCCUCUACGAGGAGGACGAGGAGACGUCCAAUGACGAGGAAGGACCGCUCUUCUCGACCCUUGAGCUGUCUUUUCACAGCGGCUCGGAGAUCAGCGUGACCGGCAUCGUCCAUCUGCGCGGGAUAGCGCAGGAGGACUCCUUCAUGGACGGGGAUGAGGGUAGUGCCCCUCUGCCACACAGCGUCGUCGUCUUACCGAGUGACGGUGUUGAGGUUAGGGGUGAGCGGUCGGCAGCGACGUCGCUCGCACCGGCUCCAACACACCGUUCCCAAGAGCUCGUUACUCCGAUACUCGCGGAAGUGGUGGAUGGUGAGACACUGUGCCCGUCGUCGGAAAUGACGGCGGAGCGACAGGCCGCGUUGCACUUCAGCACCGCCUCCGCUCCCCAAGACGGCGCAGAGAGCGGCAUCGCGGAGGCGUCCCAGGGGACCCUGAAUCAGCACCAGCAGGAGGAGAGAGAUGAGGAGCAGCGGCACCAGCAGCAGCUUCGCGAGGUGCUCAAGGACAACGAGGCGGACAUGUACUUUGGACCCUCUUUGCAUGACAUCUACGUGCGUUGCUGCGACAUGCAGCGGUGCAAGCCGAACAGCUACUUGCUGAAGAAGCUGCCAACCGACCCGCGUUUCACCAACGGCGUAUGCGAGUUAGACCUCAGUUCCAACUAUCUGGGUCGAAAUGGGUUUGUCGCGCUACUGAGUCUUAUGGAGCACCUUCCACGGCUGCAGGUGGUGUACUUCAACGACAUGUCACUUGACAACGUGGAUGCCGAGAAUCUCUGUGAGAUGCUCGCCGGCAACAAUAGCGUGCAGGAGGUGUACCUUCGCAACAACAGCAAGAUCACACUCCCUGCAACGCGCCACUUCACACAGCUGCUGCGGGGGAAUCCCAACAUUACGGUGCUAGAGCUUGAGGGGACACGGCUGGGACACACUGUCAUUAAGAAGUUAGGGGAGGAUGCGAAGAAAAACGCCGUUAAGCGUAAUGUGGAUCAGGAAUGA